CUUCUUCCUGUUUUAAAAGUCAGUUUCACUUUUCUGUCGGCUAUUUAUUUUCCAUGAUUAGCAGCGGCCUUUCUUGUUGUCACACUACAUAAGGGACCUUAAGGACUAAAAAUGGAGGUCACCAGAAAAAAUUUCUACGAAUGUAUAGACCUCAUCCAAAAGUCCAUUGAAGAAUCAGACUUUGUGGCUAUAGAUGGCGAGUUUACAGGUUUGGACCACCCUGACCAUGGUCAGCCCCAGCCUUUCGAUACCCCAGCAGAACGAUACCAGAAGCUUAGCAAGGGGUCAGUUGAGUUUCUACUGCUCCAGUUUGGUCUUUGUACAUUCAAACUAAACCCUGAGACACAGCAGUAUGAAACCAAUCCAUUCAACUUCUACAUCUUUCCGAAACCCUUCAAAAAAGAGUCACCUGAUCAAAGAUUUCUCUGUCAGUCUUCCAGCAUUGAUUUCCUUGCUUCACAAGGCUUUGACUUUAAUAAAGUCUUCAGAGAAGGAAUACCUUAUCUGACCCCAGAUAAUGAACAAACUUUACGUGAAUGUCUUGAACAGAAGAGACAGCUCAUCAGCCAACAUGGCUCAUCAUCUUACUUCAGCCCCCUUGAACAGAAAGACUUGGAGAUCCCUGCUGACCAGAAGGUCUUUGUCGAUACUGUAUGUGAAAGUGUCCAGACAUUUGUGGACAACUCUAAAGAAACAGUAUUGGAUCUUCCUCCUUGCAACGGAUUCCAGAGAAAACUUCUCUAUCAAACCCUCAGAAAUAAGUUUUCCAACAGUAUUCAUCUGGAGACAAAAACUGGAGAACGCAAGGAAAGAUUCAUUGUGGUAACCAAAAUCUCAAGUGACGAAGAGCUGAAGAAGAAAGAGAAUGAGAAGUAUUCUACAGAACUGACAAAACUUGACCAAGCUGUGGGUUUCAGCAAGAUAAUCAGGUUAAUAUCUAGCAGUGGCACUGUCGUUGUUGGACACAACAUGUUACUGGACAUCAUUCAUAUUCUACACCAAUUCCAUUCUCCUCUGCCACAGGAAUAUGAAGAGUUUAAGGGUUUCUUACAUUCGCAGUUUCCCAACUUGAUCGACACAAAACUCAUGGCAAGCACCAGUCCAUUCAGAGAGUUAGUCUCUAGCAGUUCUCUGGGUGACUUGCUCAACAUUCUACAGACGAAACCCUUCAAAACUGUGGAAUAUUCCAUACCAGAAGAGUUCCCAAAAUAUGAUUUGGAAAACCAACAACUUCACGAGGCUGGCUAUGAUGCCUUCAUCACUGGGCUAUGUUUCAUAGGAAUGGCAAACUACCUGGAUAAACUCAGCAGUACAAAAUACCCCCUCUUCUCACCACUGUCACCUUUGUUGGAGCCAUUCAAAAACAAGUUGUUCAUGAGUCGUGUACAAGACAUUCCAUACGUCAACGUUACAGGAAAUGACAUACAACCCACCAGAGACCAUAUCUUUCAUGUGACCUUCCCUAAAGAAUGGAAAGCAGCAGAUCUCUACCAGCUUUUUAUGCCUUUUGGUAAUGUGCAAUUAUCCUGGAUCAAUGACACGUCAGCCUACGUUGCCCUCCACAACAAAGACAAUGCAGGAAUGGUCUUGAAGACACUCACCCAGGCUGAAACCUACCGCGUGAUCUCAUACAAAGAAUCGAAGCGCAAGAAGAUCGCCCUCUCUGAGCCGCAACCUCGCAAAAAGCGUCCCAUCAUCCUUGAUGAUGAAACAAACGGUGGCAACAAUUUCACCAAAAAAUUCAAGACACUCAACGUUGAUCGAGAGAGCAGUGCCAAUCCAAGAACUGGAUCUUCCAGACCGGAUGAGCUGAAGAGACGCCUGUCUGAAGAAUCUCCUAAUGACGAUUGGACAUCCAAAGAAAGUGAGUUCAAGCUUAUAUAUUUAUAUGUGUGUGUGUGUGUUUCAUUAUAUAUAUAUAUAGUGUGUGUGUAUAUAUAUAUCUAUAUAUAUAUAUGCAGCAUAGAUGAAAAGUAAGGAGGCAUUAAAAAU